GGCGAACGAACUGGCGGUGUAGUGCAAGUCCGCCAUGGCUGAGGCGUCACGGUGGCACCGAGGGGGGGCUUCGAAACAUAAGCUGCAUUACAGAAAGGAAGUAGAAAUUACCACCACACUUCAGGAAUUGUUACUCUACUUUAUUUUUUUAAUAAACCUAUGUAUAUUGACUUUUGGGAUGGUAAACCCACAUAUGUAUUACUUAAACAAGGUUAUGUCAUCUCUAUUUUUGGACACUUCUGUGCCUGGUGAAGAAAGAACCAACUUUAAGUCUAUUCGCAGCAUAACUGAUUUUUGGAAGUUUAUGGAAGGACCCCUUUUGGAAGGUCUGUACUGGGAUUCAUGGUACAAUAACCAGCAGCUGUAUAAUUUAAAGAACAGCAGUCGCAUCUACUAUGAGAAUAUACUUCUAGGAGUCCCCAGAGUUCGUCAACUAAAAGUCCGCAACAACACAUGCAAAGUCUAUUCAUCUUUUCAGUCUUUGAUGAGUGAAUGUUAUGGCAAAUAUACUUCUGCAAAUGAAGACCUCUCUAAUUUUGGCCUUCAAAUUAAUACUGAAUGGAGAUAUUCUACUUCUAAUACCAACUCCCCUUGGCACUGGGGAUUUCUUGGUGUUUACCGAAAUGGAGGAUAUAUUUUCACUUUAUCGAAAUCAAAAUCUGAAACCAAAAACAAGUUCAUUGACCUUCGACUGAACAGCUGGAUCACAAGAGGGACUAGAGUUAUUUUUAUUGAUUUUUCCUUAUAUAAUGCUAACGUAAAUCUAUUUUGUAUUAUCAGAUUGGUGGCAGAAUUCCCUGCAACUGGAGGAAUACUUACUUCAUGGCAGUUUUACUCUGUGAAGCUCCUCAGAUAUGUUAGCUACUAUGAUUAUUUUAUUGCUUCCUGUGAAAUCACAUUUUGUAUUUUUCUUUUUGUCUUCACAACACAAGAAGUCAAAAAAAUAAAAGAAUUUAAGUCUGCCUAUUUCAAAAGUAUUUGGAACUGGCUAGAAUUGCUACUUUUGCUGUUGUGUUUUGUGGCUGUUUCCUUCAACACAUACUGUAAUGUACAAAUUUUUCUCUUACUUGGAGAGCUAUUGGAAAGUACUGAACAAUAUUCAGAUUUCUAUUUUCUUGCAUGCUGGCACAUUUAUUACAAUAAUAUAAUUGCUAUUACCAUCUUUUUUGCAUGGAUAAAGAUAUUCAAAUUCAUAAGCUUUAACAAGACAAUGUCUCAGCUGUCAUCAACCUUGUCCCGUUGUAUUAAAGACAUAGUAGGAUUUGCCAUCAUGUUUUUUAUAAUAUUCUUUGCUUAUGCCCAGUUAGGAUUUCUUAUUUUUGGAUCACAAGUUGAUGACUUUUCCACUUUUCAGAAUUCCAUAUUUGCACAAUUUCGAAUUGUUCUUGGAGAUUUUAAUUUUGCUGGUAUUCAGCAAGCCAAUCCUAUCUUGGGACCCAUUUACUUCAUCACUUUCAUCUUUUUUGUGUUCUUUGUCCUGCUGAAUAUGUUCUUGGCAAUUAUUAAUGAUACCUACUCUGAAGUGAAAGCUGAUUAUUCAAUAGGCAGAAGGCCGGAUUUUGAACUUGGUAAAAUGAUUAAACAGAGUUACAAAAAUGUUCUCGAGAAAUUUAGACUGAAGAAAGCUCGAAAAGAUGAAGACAAGAAAACCAAAGGCAGCGGAGAUUUGGCUGAACAAGCCAGAAGAGAAGGCUUUGACGAAAAUGAGAUUCAAAAGGCAGAGCAGAUGAAAAAAUGGAAAGAGAGGCUUGAGAAAAAGUAUUAUUCCACAGAAAUUCAAGAUGACUACCAGCCUGUCACUCAAGAAGAAUUUCGAGAACUCUUUUUAUAUGCUGUGGAGCUGGAGAAGGAAUUACACUACAUCAAUUUGAAGCUAAAUCAAGUGAUGAGAAAGGUUUCAGCUCUCUAGUACUGAGACAAGUGGAGGUAAGAAUCUGUGAUGCAAUCACUGAGCAUUUCUUAUUCAUGUAUUACUUCAUAAACUUGUACGCGUUUCAGGCACACUUUAAAAAGUACUAACCAAUCUAUCAAACUAUCCUCAGGGUCAGAAUUAAGUGCCUCUGACAGGGACUCACUGUACAAUCCAUGCAUAUUAUGACAAGCCUCCAGUAUACACACACUGGUACAAAGGAUUUAUAAUGAGGUUUCUUAUCAAAUUCUAGAAAAGUGAAAGAAAAAUACAAGAAAAUGCUUCUAGUUCAUGGGGCAGGUCUCCAGUAGUUCAGUAAGUAGAUAAAGACAGUUUUUUCCAAGUCACAGAGUAGAAAAACUAUUGGUGCUAUCAAGUGCAUCAUGUACAUGUUAUGAAUUCCUUUGGCCACAGAUGAAUCAAUAAAGGCUUAGGAUUCUGGGAAACCAUUAUAUAAGACCAAAGUAACCUCCAAAAUGCCAGCCACACACAACUCUCCAACCCUCCAAAUAAGGCUGUUACAGCAACCUCAUUUACACUUUCCAAACAUAACUUCUUAUGACACUGAUACGCCUACCCUGCUCUGCAUUUUAUUUUGGGGAAACCUUAAAUGCAUUACACCUUAGAAAUGGUCUAGGUAAGUUUCCAGUUUGAAGAUGUUAGUGAAAUUUCUGUAGGUGGCUGAGGAGUUUGUUCUACACUUUGGCAUUUUGGAAACUGGAGAGAAAUUCUUCUAAUUUUUCUAGGCUAUGUAAGCCCCCCUACAAUAGCCACAUGUUCUCUCAGCCCAAGCAAUAUCAUUUGACCUUAGCACUCAACUUCCACACUGGUGCUCAAUAGUCCCUGAAUUUUAAAACUCGAAUAUAAAGACAUUUUUAGAUUACUACUCACCUUCCUCAGGACAAGCUCUUCUCUUAAGAGACCGUACAUCAAAUGUUCUUAAUGGGAUAAUUCAUUGUAACAAGAAAUGCUAACUGUUCUAUCUGCGGCUUCUCCCUAGAUUUGCACAAGGGAAUGAAUAACAUGGCCCUUCCCUGCCUUACCAUUUCCCAGAGUUGUAACCAGCCAAAUAGUUUAGUGACCCUGUUGUUCCCUACCACAGCCCCCAGGUGGGAUCAUUUAAACAAAGCCUAAGGGUGACGGAACACUUGGGGACUUUUUUUUUAAGCCCAAUGGAAAAACAAACAUACAUUUACAAUGACUUAGAACUUUCGAGUUCUUUUAUUACAAAAGUCUGUACAAUGAAGUGCCAGACACAGCAAUGCAAUUAUACUGGUGGACAUAUAUAUAUCUAUAUAUUAUUUGUAUAUAGAUAUACAGUUUUUAUUUGUACCAAAGUAAAACUAUCACCAACUGCCUAAUUCUACCAGCUACUGGUCAACUAUGACACACAAUACUGUCACAGAGCAUAAGUGCUGCCAUGCCACUUUUACAUAUUCUACUCACAGCCAAACAUUAACAUUGAAUAACAUCAUGAAGCAGCUGUUAAUUCUAAAAUGAAACCAGUCAGGCCACUGACUUAUAAAAAUAUGGUACUCAUAUAGAUUUAGCAUUAUAAAGAAGGAAUAUAUUAUUUAAAACAUUUAAAUAGUGCAUAUGGACAUUUUUGCAUGUGGUAUAUAAAAUAAAACAUUCAUAUAAAAUACACAGUGCACACAAAAUUAGAUGUUUGGAUACACUCCUAUCUGGAGACUGAAGGAAAUUAUCUGAAAUGUACACUGCAUGACGAAUUCAAAUAAAAAUGAUACAUCUUUUGGCAUUUUCAAUUUCACUUUUCUAGGUAUACAUUAUGAAUAACCUAGUUGUAUCAAAAGGAAACCACACAAAAAGGGCAGGAUUUAGUGCUUUUCUUUAUUCCCCAACUACACAUUCACGACUGGGUUUUCCCUCACCCCUCCCCCCGCCCCCAAAAAAGGCAUUGCACACACGGGUGAAAUGUGAAGUACUAGAACUGCUAUUUAUUAUCAAACUACUUCAUGUGCUUACUAUGUAAUAGUGCCAGAAGUCUGAGGUUCAUGCUUCCCUCACCUUAUUAAAGGAUGUUGCAAAAUUCCAUUUUUAUAUGGAACAAAUUGUUUAUAUUAGCUAGUUAAGAAAACCAUGCAUGAGUCAUUGCAUGCAAAACAUGGGUAUAGUCAAAGUGAGACAGUCAUCAAUCCAAAAAAGCACCA